AUGAAAUGCAUGCUCAAUGCAGGAAAGUGGCGCAAAAGGAGGCAACUGGAGGCCGCAACUCAAGACGGCAGUUGUCGGCGACAGAAACAACAGCAACAAGUUACCGGCAUUUGUGUAAAAGAGACAAAGCAAUUGCGAGUUUUGUUUUUGUUGCUCCUGCUGUUGCUGGCAGUUGAACAUGCAAAUGCAACAACAUCAGCAACAACUUCUACAGCGGUAACAGCAACACAGCCAACGGGCACAGCAAACUUGCCCUCAACAACAACAAUAAUCGCAGCAAUUGAAGCUGCAACAGCAACACCAUCAGCAUCUGCAGCAUCAGCAGCAACAUCCUCAUCGUUGCCCAACUCCUCGACAGGAGGAACUGCAGUCCAUGGCAAUCUAUUUAAAAACAUUCUACGAAUUGGCGAUGGCAACAUCGUUUCUCGUACGGCCAUCGAGCAUUCGUUGGUAACAAUACACGACAUUGCGACUGAAAACUUGGGCACAUUGUGCAUCUCAACGCUGUAUCGACCACUCCAAGUGCCCAUCAACUCUGAACGCUUCGAGAGCUCCAGACAAAAGGCCGAUUUGGCAGCAUCGAUACUCCAGGAAGUGGGCAUUAUUCGGCAUGGUGGACUCUCCGAUGCGCUGGCCAAAGGAUUGCUCACUGAUGAAUACAUAAAUGGAGCGCGCAUUUUAGCUUUAAACCUUACGAAUGGAGCGGUGCAAUCGUAUGUUUGGUGGGUGAAGGGCGGUCACGACAAGCUUGGCGAGACGCAUCGCUAUGAGGAGGAGGGUCUGCAGAUUGGCAAAAAGCCUGCACACAGUUAUCCCUGGUUUGAUGAUGAGAGCAGCAGUCCAACGCUGCGUUCUCCAAAGUUUGCGCCAAGUCCACCAAAUAAUUACUACAAAGGCUGGUGGACAUAUCCGUAUUUCUCGUGUGCCGUCAGCAAGUGGUUGGUGUCGUAUAGCAUUGCCAUUCCGCCAAGUGGUCGCCAUGGAUUGCGUGGCUUCAUCAGCGUGGACAUUGAUGUCACAUCGUUGCGCGUCAAUCAAUGCGAUGCGACUCCCUAUCGAUUCAGCAGUCAACAGCACCGUCUUCGCCAGAGGCAGCCAACCCGUCGAUCCACAGCUGCUGCCAACAACAAUGAUGUGGAUACCAUAAAUGAUUUGCAAGCGUUUCACAGUUCACACAAAUGCCAUCGUGCCUCCAUGGUGUGCGACUAUCGACAGCCGAGCACUGAGACGCCGACAAUAAGCAGCGGCAAGAUCUUGUCCAGAAUGUCGAGCAACAGCUGGUCACGUGGUGCUUAUCAGUGUCUGUGCAAACGUGGCUUUUACUCGCUACGUCAUCCGGAUGGAUUCAAUGGCACCAUCAUGGAAAUAGCCUGGAAGGAGCAUCAGGACAAUAUAAGCAAUUACUACUCGGAUGUAUUCAAGUGUUUGCCUUGCGCUCCCGGUUGUGACACCUGCACCGGCCCGGAGCCCUGUCUGGCAAACUAUCACUGGCCUUUCAGAAUAUCUCUACUGACCAUCUCGAUUGGCUGCGCCUGUGGCACUUUUGUUUUGGCUGGUUAUCUCUUUCGACAUCGACGCGUCAAAGUCUUUAAGGUGGCCAGUCCCAUAUUUUUGAUGAUCACACUCAUUGGCUGUGCCAUUAUGUAUCUGGAGAUGGUUGCCAUUUUUCCGUAUCUGGACAGCAGCUGGUGCAUUGCUACCAAAUGGACGCGCCACAUGGGUUUCUGUAUCACCUACACAUCGUUGCUUAUGAAGACCUGGCGUGUCUCUUUAACGUAUCGUGUCAAAUCGGCGCACAAAAUUAAGCUUAAUGAUCAGCAACUGUUGCAGUGGAUGGUUCCCAUAUUGCUCGUAAUGCUUUAUUAUACUGGUACUUUAUUUAUAUCUUUUCAGAUCUAUGAUCAGCACCAUCUAAAGUUCAAGCAAUGCUCCUAUAACUGGUGGGACCACAGUCUGGCAAUCGGAGAGGUCCUAUUUUUAGCCUGGGGCAUUAGGGUCUGCUACAAUGUGCGGAAUGCGGAGAGUCUGUAUAAUGAGGCACGUCUGAUCUCCUAUGCCAUCUAUAACAUUGCCCUUGUCAAUAUUGCGAUGGUUGCAUUUCAUGUAAUGCUAUUCCCCCAUGCUGGCCCGGAUUACAAAUAUAUGUUGGGUUUUGUGCGAACGCAACUUUCCACGACGACGACAAUUGCAUUGGUCUUUGGGCCAAAGAUAGCACGAGUCUUCAAGGGCCAGGGCGAUAAAUGGGAUCAGAAGGCCAAGGUGCGCAGCAUAACGGCAUCAUUUUCGCUAAACGGUGUUGGCCUCGUGGCCGAAGAGUCGCCCGAUUUGUAUCAGGAGAACGAGGAACUCAAGGAACAAGUGCAAAAGCUGGCGCAUCAGAUUGAGUUCAUGAAAACUGUGCACAUGCAGAUGAACAAUCGUCAUCUGAAACCGAAACCUGGUGGUUAUUUUACCAUCACAUCGACCUCUUUCCAGGCGCCCUUCAGCAAGAGCACAGUUUCUACGGCGCAAACACAAACUGGCAAGGAUGAAUUUAGCUGCUUGUCCGGCAAUGCGACGCCCUUGAAAUGCAAAUCGCCCAAGGGCAAAGUCUGACGCGGUCAACGAAGUGUUAAAGAUUGCUCAAUAAAUGUUGUUCAUAAGCAUGACCAGGUCGUAGACGAUUCAAUUGAUUUCAGUUUCUACCAACAAGCAGCAGAACAGCAGCAGCAGCACCACCAGGAGGAAAUGGAUGAGGAGGAGAAGCUAUCAAAAGAUGCCGAUUUGUUGCGUCAAUUUCGCCGCCUCUUUGCACCCAUUGUGGAUGACAGUUUGCAGUUGUAUUAUCAACUGAAUGAGGUGGAUGAUAAUGUGGAAACGGAUGUGCAACACAUACGCAUCCAUAGCACUGUGGCCGAGUUGCAGGAGUUGACCAGCAGCGAGGAGGAUACGCUAGUGACGCAACUCAAUUCACCGUUGCCAAUGGAGCCACCGUUGCCACCCAUGCCUGCCACGCCCAGUGGUAGCUCCAUUUCGAGCUCCACUUCCAGCAGGUGUUUGUAUGCCAUACACACUCCAUUGCCGGGACAACGUCUCGAGUCGCCGCUAUCGGUGUCCUCAUCCAGUGAGCCGCAUACGAUAACGGAAAAGGUGCAGUUACAUGCCCCGCCGUUGCACAUUGGCAAUAACAACAACAAUGACGAGGACGAGCCCAGCUGCAGUCACAAUAACAACAACACCUCAUGCUCUCUAUCCUCCACUCUGACAGAUAGCAAAACUCUGGAUGCUCGCACUCCCAUUGUGGUCUAGACAUAAGACUCCAGAUGAAAGGUGUAUGUACCUUAAAGGAAGGGGGAGGGCUGUCGCUUUCUGCUUGCAACUUGUGAUUUCGUUUACACAGUUCUUGGAACAGCAACAAAAACAACAACUUAAACAACAACAACAACAGUAAAUCGCUUAAUGUUUAAACUAGUCUUAAAUAAUGUUUGUCUGUAUGUCUCCCUGUCUGUCUGUCUGACCCAUAGAAUGCGUUUAUGCGUAGCAACGAUUCAUGAAAAUUAUGGUCAAGUCAGCAGC